CUCGUGAAAAUCCCAGCCUAUGUUUCCAAGAUUAUGCUCGUUUUAAAAGCCUAGCGACAUUGAUGCCGGAGGCUGGUUGGUAGUCAGUCGCUGGAUGGUGAUAAGACACGAAACACACUCUCGGAUUAUUGGUGAUAAGCCACACAUAGAUCGGAAUUAUUAUUAUUAUUGAAUAUCAACGCAAUUUUUGGAUUUUGAAAUUCAGUCAGCAUUCGACUCUCGCCGACAACGGUCUUGGGGACUUGGGAGUCUAGUUUAAGAUUUUGUUGGAUUUUAUUUUUUCUGGAUUAAGUGGAUUUGUGAAGUGAAGUGAAGAAAAUGUAUCGUCUCUCUAUUAAGUGUACACGCAAUGCCCUCUCAUCCGUGACACUGACCAAAUUCAGUGUCAGAUGUUUGGCCACCACCACCUCCGUGGAUGGGGUUUUGUUCCCAACCAAAUCGGAUUUCCCCAGCCGUCAUAUUGGACCACGCAAAACUGAUGUGGUUUCCAUGUUGGAUACUUUGGGAUAUAAGUCUCUGGGCGAGCUGACCGAGAAAGCUGUACCUAAACCCAUACAAUUGCAACGUGAUUUGAAUUUGGAUAAGCCUCUGAGUAAGUAUUCAAAAAUUGUGGAAUAAAUGAAAAGUGGACGUAUGGGAUUUAAUUAAUCGGUAA